GGUAUUUUGGGUAGUGGAUUUGCUUUAAAAGUACAACAACAUCAACGUCAAAAACAUCUAAUUAGACGACGUGUACCAGCGGCACGUUUAAUUCAAUGCAUGUGGAGGCAUUACGCUGCAACACCAGAAAGUUGCUCAGUUGCUACGUGGCGUGUUUACUUAGCAACAAUUAACUCAUCAAAUAGUCGUGGUGGUAGUGGUGGUGGUGGUGGUGGUGGUGGUGGUGGUGGUAAUGGUUGUCAACCAAGUUUAAUUAGUCGAAUUCGACAAAGUACAAAACGUCGUACCGGAGCAAAUGUAAUGAGUCAUUCCGAGAGUACACUUGAUCGUAGCGGUGGUGAAACGGUAGAAUUGGGAAAAGUAAAUGCAUUAAGUCGAGGUGGUUCAAUUGUACGAACAUUAACCGUACCAGAACAAAGUGAUGAUAUCAGUUUUAUAUCAGCCUCAGAUUAUAGCGAAGUGGAAAGUUUGGGCGCUUUGGGUUUUAGUUUAAGCGGAUGGAAAGCAAAAGGACGCAGUAGUACAAAUACGGGAUAUAAGAAAAGUCACGAUGAUUCAUCCGGCGCAAAUAGAACGAUUACAGCUACUACGCUUCUUGGCACUACUGAUAUUGAACAUUUGCAAUCAUCGGGAGGUGAAUCCGCGGAACCAAAUCAAUCGUUAUCAUUAUGCAAAUAUUUAACGGAAGAGGAUGGUGAUUAUAUGAUGGGUGAUUAUAAUUUGAUUAUGGCACCGCUCUAUCAUUGGUGGGAAAAGAUACAACAGAGAUAUCGGCAAUCAGACGAACGUGACGGUACGGAACAUACAAUGUGGAAUCAUUUAGGCUCCUGUGCAUCACUUACAAAAUCACGACGUUUACGUGAAUCUCACGUUGACAUCUACAAUGUUAUUGACGACGAUUCACCAUCAAUGCAACCAAAAUCGAUGGAUGAAUUUACUCCAUCACUUAAAAAUGUGAUACGUGCAAUUCGACGUAUACAACUUCUUGUUGCAAGACGUAAAUUUAAAGAAGCUUUGAAACCAUAUGAUGUAAAAGAUGUCAUUGAGCAAUAUUCCGCUGGACAUGUUGAUUUACAAGCACGUGUCAAACAUGUGCAGCAAAGGUUGGAUCAAAUUGUUGGAAAACCAAAAGAUGAAGUAAAAGUGUCCUUAACGCAUCGCGUAAUCGUUAUGGAAAUGCAGAUGCAAAAAAUUGACAAAAAGUUGGAUUUAUUACUUGAAAUAUUUCUGGAAAAUAAAAAUCAAAGGAAGCACUUAACUGAUUGUCCAUUUUUAUUUCAAAUCCCGAAUUCAGCACCGCAUCGUAUUAUAACCAAUUCUGAACCCGGCACAUCGUCUACACCUAAAUUUGAUAAUUCAACUUCGGAGCCAAACGUAACUUUUCCUAACGAUGUAGAAAAAUUUAAAAUGUUUCAUAAAUCUGAUGAAGAUGAUGGACAAUAUCAGCCACAUGAUUCCAUUUAUUUGAAAGCAGAUAUUUCGAGGAACUCUGAUAAUUCAUUGAAUACAGCAUCCGCUCGAACACAAUUUUGGACACCGUUAGAAACACCAAAUAGUAUCAGUCAAACGUCAGCUUUAUUAUCACAUCACACUGAUAAUAAUGAAUUAGAACCGCUAUUGGAUAAUCAAAAGGAUGAAAAAUCGAUUAAUACGGAUAUUGAAUUCUUUUAG